AAUAGGUCCUCCUCCACCUUAAACCUGGGCUGUACUUCCCUCCUAGAAUGAAAAAUCUAUCGUUCGUUUAUCGUGCGGAUAAUCUAGUGCGACGGGCCAAUAAGGCGUCUCUUGUCUCUAGCCCUACGAAUAGACCAUAUGUUGAACGAAUGACAACAUGAGUAGGUGACAACAAGAGUGCUUAUCCUGAAAUCUUACAUAAAUGAGCUAAUAUGGAAGAUUCUGCUGGUGAUAACAUUGGUCGUCAGAUAGAAGAACAAGAGGUACUGAAAUCUAUUUAUGGAGAGGAAUGGAAACAAGAAGUGGCAGGAGGUAGUAUCUCACUCUCGGAAGGAUCUUUAGGUUUGGAAUUAUUCAUCACAUUAACAGAUGCAUAUCCUGGUGAAGGCCCUCCACUUUUCCAAAUUUUGGCUCCCUGUCUGACACGAGAUGAAAUGAUACAAAUUACAAAUUUUCUUCAAGAUAUUUAUUUAGAUAACUUAGGAGAAACUGUUAUUUACCAAUGGAUAGAGAAAGCUCGUGAAUGGCUUCAGAAUACCGCUGCUCUGAGGGAGUGCGCCGCUGGAACUUCUUCAGAAGAAGCUGUCAUGGACAGUGAUAGUCCUGAGUAUCUGGAUGAUGCCGAUGGUUGGAAUGAUAAAUACACAAAUUCAGAGAAGAAGAUUCCUGUCAAUGUCCCCAGUGGACCAGAAAUUAUCCAUGGCGAUCCUAUCAGUUUCAAGAAAAGUACAUUUCAGGGUCAUGUAGCAUGUAUUACCUCAACUGAUCAAGUCAAGAUUGUUCUAUCUACUUUGAUGGAAAACAAAAAAAUUGCCAAUGCUACUCACAAUAUGUAUGCAUAUCGAAUAUUUAGGGAAGAUACAAAAUCUUUCAGUCAAGACUGUGAUGAUGAUGGAGAAACUCAAGCAGGUAGCAGGCUGUUACACUUACUGCAGAUAAUGGACGCCCGCAAUAUUUUAGUCGUGAUCAGUCGGUGGUAUGGAGGAGUGCAUCUUGGGCCAGAUCGUUUUCGUUUGAUUAAUAAUGCAGCCAGACAAGUUAUUGAGAAAGCGGGUCUCCUUCCCAGUCAAGACAAGAAACAUUAAAGCAGAUAUGCCAUGUAAUAACAUUUGUUAAUUUUAUGAAGUAUUCAAGACUGUCUUUUUCUCUUUAAAAGAUUUUAUAUCCCCAUGUUUUGUAAUAUAAAAGAGAACAAUACCAUCAGCUUA